CGAGGAGCGGGGUCACGUGACGCGGCGCCGGAUACUGAUGUAGGACUGAGGAAAAGAAGAGAUGGAGUCGUAGAUCUCAAGCGAUACUAACCCAGGGCCAGUGGGUCAGAGGGUGCUGGUGUUUCUGAAGACGGCCUAGUCAUCAUGGCUAAUGCUACUAUUUAUGUGGGGUUUGCUGUUCCUCAAUUAUUGAGAGGUGCCUGCAGAAUUUUUCCCAGUCAUUCAGCAUUGGUGGUGUUGAGACACUCUGCUUUUUGUUACUGCACAGUGAAUGGCACAAUAAAAUCAAAAAGGAAAAUGGAUCAUCUAGAGAGGACAGCAAAUAAUUUUCGCCAGGAGGUAAUUUCACAAGCAAAAGUGUGUGGAAUCACCAAUGAAUCGGAGACAGUCAAAAGACUUCGUUUGGCUAUUGCAAAUAAAGAUUUUACUUUCAAAGCCGGACAGUGGGUUGAUUUCUUUAUUCCUGGAGUAUCUGUAGUUGGAGGAUUCUCAAUAUGUUCAAGCCCUCGCCUGUUGGAACAAGAAGGAGUAUUAGAGCUGGCAGUAAAGCACACUGUUCAUCCUCCUGCUCACUGGAUUCACACUGAGUGUACUCUUGACUCAGAAGUGGCUCUGCGAGUGGGAGGUGAUUUCUUCUUUGAUCCUCAGCCUGGUGACUCCCCUGUAAACCUAGUGCUGAUAGCAGGGGGUGUUGGAAUUAACCCAUUGUUUUCUAUACUGCUGCAUAUAGCAGAUCUUCAGGGAUACCAAGAGGGUAAAGGAAAUGGAUACAAAAUGGGAACAGUGAAGCUGUACUACAGUGCAAAAAACACAAGCGAACUCUUAUUUAAGAAAAAUAUUCUCGGUUUGGUGAAUGCAUUUCCUGGAAAGAUCACAUGUCGUUUCCACGUUACCCAGCAGAGUUCACAGAUCUGUAAAGAACUUCAGCCACAUGUUACAGCUUGUAGAAUACCUGCUGCCACAUCCACAUUCACCUCAUCUUCACAGAUCAGUGGGACAGCCCAGCUGGGAAACUCCAAGCCCUUGCUGGAAGAACACUGCUGUAGUUGUUGCAGAAGUUGAUUGAACAACUAACUGAACUAACCCUAGAACUUUUCAGCAAACUGAGCUUCAAAGAGAAAAAUCCAUACUUACGGCUUAGAACAAACACAACUUAAGGAAACAGGCUGUACUUUGGAUACAGAAGAGGUGAGCUCUGAAUGAGGGGCCUUAAAGAGUUGCCUUUUGGGGAGGAUACUGUGAUUUUAUGAUGAGGGUUUGCCUGUAGGUGUUCAUCUUCUGGUGCCUGCAGCCUCCUCCACUUCUGCCUGUGCUUCUGUACCGGGAGUGCCCCCUCAGAGUCCCUGCGGAGCCGGAGGGGAUGGCUCAUCAAAUUCCCUCCUGCUGGAAUGAGAGGAAGAGUCUUUCUGAGUAGCUCUGUUUCAAGGAAUGGCUCCUUGUUCCUUCAGUCUAGAAUGUAAAUAGGACAGUGAGCUUGUCACAAAAAAUAAAACCAAAGGGGCUUUGUGUUCACAGAGAUUGCAACUGACAUGUCAGAGCUUGAUGCUUGAAGGAAGCAGGUUUUUCUCCUAGAAAUGUGCAAUAAAUUGCUAUCGGGAAGCACUGGUGCCCUAAAAUAAAAACCACACACCAGGCUCCUGCAUGUUUUAACAGUGUAAUCACAAAAAGAUUCUGAGAAGCCUUUAAAUGUUGUUUUCCUGAUGACUUUUAAAUCAUUAAGUGGAUUAUAAACUGCUUUACCCUUUUUUCCCUUAAUGCACAUGCUUUCUUCAGUGCGAAUAACAUCUCUUUCAAAAACCGCUUCUCAGAUUCCACCAAAACGUCCAUUUAACAAAAGGCAUUUCAAAACCCUUUGCUUCUGUAACCAGCCUCUUUCCUUCUAACCUCUUUCUGUCAUCCCCUGUUAUACUCAGAUUGAGCCCAAUGGGGCAAGGACACAUCUCUCUAAUUGUACAGGCUCACCCACCU